ACGGUCACCAACACCGACGGUCGCCGGUUGUAGAAAUAAACACACAUGCAGCAGGUUUCUGCAGCAGGUUUCUGCAGCUGUGCGAGUCAGGUUUAGGAUCUUCCUUUACCGUCUCUGUAUCAGUCACCGCUGGGAUUGUGCAAGUCUCUGCAGCUCUGGAUGAGGCAGAGACAUUUCCUUUGACCUUGUCCCAGUUUCCUAUAGCUGGAGAUUUGCCCCCCGAGGGCAACAGUCAAGUGCCCGUGUUAAAGGGGUAAAGGUUGAUGCAGGUUUGUCCCCCGGUUAUCUGACUCCUGUCAGUUUGAUGCCGCGCAGCUCCAAGAGCAGAGAAGCAAAUACAAGAUGAGUGCUGAGGAAAGUCCGGUCAUGAGCAAUGGCGUUGCAGCCAUGGACGGCCCUGCAGACAGCCUCCCAUCCCAGAGAAAAGAGGUUGGUUCAGAUCCAACGGGCCUAGAGAGCCACUCAACUGUUAUCCAGAACGGAAAAGCUGGAUCACUUGACCUUGACGCAGAGCCAGUUUCAGAGAGCCAGAAGACAAAUCCUCCCAGUAACACCGAUGCUCCCAUUGAUGCUCCCAGUAACAGCGAGCCACCAGUGAAGCCCCCCAGAUCUCCAGGGCUGAAGGGAACUGAUGAAGGACUCUUCCCAGCAGGGGAGGCCAGGGCCGUUCCCGUGAAGGCCAGUCUGGCCACGACUCUGGCCCCUGCAGAGCAUCUAUGGACCAGCAGCAGAGACCGGGCCGUCAGGCUGAGGGUGGAGGGCUCGGGCCCGGGCUCCGAGACCCCCGUCACCAUCCACCAGCUGUUCCUGGAGACGGUGGAGAACUACGGGGACCGUGCGGCUUUGGUCUUCAAACAGGACGGCCAGGCGGAGACCCUGACCUGGAGGCAGUACUACGAGCAGUGCCGCGCAGCCGCCAAAAGCUUCCUCAAGCUGGGGCUGGAGCGUUUCCAUGGCGUCGGCAUCCUGGGCUUUAACUCCCCGGAGUGGUUCAUUUCAGACAUCGGCUGCAUCUUGGCCGGAGGUUUGGCCACCGGCAUUUACACCACCAACUCCCCAGAGGCCUGUCAGUACGUGGCUGCCAACUGUGACGCCAACGUGCUGGUGGUGGAGAACCAGAAGCAGCUGGACAAAAUCCUGCAGGUUAAAGAUCAGUUACCACAUCUGAAGGCCAUCGUCCAGUAUAAAGGCGAGCUGCAGAAGAAAGAGCCAUUCCUGUAUACAUGGGGAGACUUCAUGAAGCUUGGGGAGGACGUCCCAGACGAUCAGCUGAAUACUGUAAUUGACGGCCUUCGAGCCAACGAGUGCUGCACCCUCAUCUACACCUCCGGAACCACCGGCAACCCCAAAGGAGUGAUGUUGAGCCAAGACAACUUAACGUGGACGGCUCGUACGGCAUCAGGCAUGAUAAAUACAGAAGGGGAUGCAGAGAUAUUGGUCAGUUACCUGCCGCUGAGCCACGUGGCAGCCCAGAUGGUCGACAUUUGGAUCUGCAUGAGCUUUGCAGGGACGGUCUACUUCGCGGAGCCCGACGCCCUCAAGGGUACCUUAGUGACCACACUACGAGAGGCUCGACCCACUUGCUUUCUCGGGGUUCCUCGCGUGUGGGAGAAGAUGCAGGAGAGUAUGAGAGCCGUUGGUGCCAAGGCCUCCCCGCUCAGGAAGCGAGUGGCGGACUGGGCCAAGUCCAUCGGGCUGCAGUACAACUACAGUGUGAUGACUGGGGAGAAUGCAGUGCCUUGGGGCUUCAUGUUGGCUAACAAUCUGGUGUUCAAGAAAGUGCGCGGUGUCCUGGGUCUAGACCGCUGCAAGUUCUGCUGCACGGGAGCUGCCCCCAUCACCAAAGAAACGCUGGAGUACUUCAUGAGCCUGAACAUCCCUGUCAAGGAGCUCUAUGGGAUGAGUGAAAGCUCGGGCCCACACUCCGUCUCCGUGGACGACUUCUGCAUCACGAGCUGUGGGAAGGUGAUGCCAGGCGGUAAAACAAAGCUGGAGAACCCAGAUGAGGACGGGAACGGAGAGAUCUGUUUCUGGGGUCGCCACGUUUUCAUGGGCUACCUGAACAUGCCUGACAAGACGGCCGAGGCUCUGGACGAGGAGGGCUGGCUGCACUCGGGGGACCUGGGGAGACACGACCAGAACGACUUCCUGUACAUCACCGGGCGGAUCAAAGAGCUGAUCAUCACUGCCGGAGGCGAGAACAUACCUCCCGUGGGCAUCGAGGACGCGGUGAAGUCCGAGCUGCCCUUCAUCAGCAACGCCAUGCUGAUCGGAGACAAGCUGAAGUUCCUCUCCAUGCUGCUCACGCUUAAAUGCGUCGCUGAUGAAAACGGGGAUCCCACGGACGAGCUCAGCCCCGAGGUUUUGGAUUUCUGCCAGCAACACGGCAUCACUGCCACCAAGGUGUCAGAGGUCAUAGCCAGUAAGGAGCCGGCUCUCUACGAUGCCAUUAAGCAAGGCAUCGAGCGGGUCAACGGCAAAUCCACGUCCAACGCCCAGAGGAUCCAGAAGUGGGUCAUACUGGAGCGAGACUUCUCCGUCACUGGAGGAGAACUGGGACCCACCUUGAAACUGAGGAGGCCGAUUGUUUUGAAGAUGUACCAGGAGAAAAUAGAAGAGUUGUACGCGGUAGCCGCAGAGAGGCAGUAGACCGCACCGCACCGCGGCGACGGCGGGUUUAAACCAAAUGUGGCCAGAAAUGCACGAACCUGGAAGUCUUGUUUCUGAAUGAAUUGUAUUUAACUGAACAGAGGUUGAUAUGUUGCCAGAAGCUGUGUGAGUAACUUUGUGUUUGAUAUUUAAGCUUUUAAAUGAACAUACAGUUUCCCUGCGUGCAGCUGGAUGAUGUUUCCAUGUCAGAGCCGGGUCUUGCCACGUGACACAUAAUGGCCACGUCCUCAGUAGGAAACACUGCGGUGUCAAGAAGCUUUUAAGAACACUAAACUCCACUUUUAUAAUGUCUUUUAAAACAGAAAUGUUGUCAUUAAUGCACUAUGGCAACAUAUUUGAUUAUGGGAUAUAUUUUCUACUCCUGAUGCAGCAUAUUUAAAGAUUUUACAUCACUUUCUGAGGCUUAAAGGUAUUCUCCCUGAUGUGGAAGAGCUAGCAAGAAUUUUGAAAGAGGCACCUCUAAGCCCCGCCCAUUCGGUCCGAAUGAAACGGAUUGGUCCAGGACCAGAGGCUUGGCAGGAAGGGAAAGAACCAAUCAGAUGCCUUCAUUUUAAACCACGCCCCCCCGCCCUGUCCCAUGCGCGCACUCGCUUCCAGCCCCCCGUGUCCACUUCCCACGGGUCCUCCUGGGCUCACAGUGUCCCAGUGUAACCCCCCUCCCUCCCCUCUGCCACGGACCCCCAGUAUGUAGUUAUUUCCAGAGCGGGUAUCCCAUUCUGUGUGUGAGAGCGGGGAGCAGAGCCGUUAGCCGUCCGGGCUGCUGCUGCAGGACUCUCUGCCCAGCAGCAGCAGCCCACAGGGACAUGUGAAGAGCGGCAGCAGCUCCAGCUCGGAAGCUGUAUGGGGGUCCGUGGGGAUGUAGGCGUCUCCUUCCCGGCGAAGGCGGAGAGCGCCGGUGCGGCUGGCGGAGCGCUGCGGUGCCGUGCAGGCUCUGUUGCCACAGCUACGCCGUAGGGUACGCC